AUGUGUCUUGGAAUUCACUUCUCUUUUCGACUUUGUUUUUGGGUUGAUUGUCACAUGGGUGGUGUAAAUGCUGGUGCUGGAUUAGGUGAGUCGUUGCACCCGAAUCUUCACCUCAUGUUCACUUUGGCAGGUUUGGAUCACUGUGCCGCGCUCGAACAGCUCAUUGACAAUGUUGAGCCGCGGAUCAAUGACAACGAGACAGACACCAACGACGACGAGGAGAUUUUUGCUUGGUUCUCUGAUGAGGAACGUCCCGAUGCUGAGCCAGAUGAGUGGUAG